AUGAUAACUUCUCAGAACAUUAACUUUUCCUUUCAUAUAUUAAUUGUAGAUCAAACACCAAGCAAAUGUAUUGUGGUAGAUUGCUUGCCUGAUGACAUAAGUAAGCUCCUGAAAAUGAAAGAGACACAAAUGAAUAUGCCACAAGACAUGAGAAACAUUCUCAAUAUUAAAGGAAUGUGCAAAGAUGUGAUCUUCAGUGAAACUGUUGUGGAUAACUACAUUCGAGUGGAAAGGAAAGCCAUCCACAACAUUAUAAAUAUGAAUAUUUCGGAGCAAUCCAAGAACUACUAUCAUGAGGAUCUUUCCAUGAUUGUGGUUAAGAUGAAUUUAAACACGACAGAUGAUUUUGUACCAAUCGCCACUCCAAGCGUAUUAUAUGUUGAUAAAGUAGCUGAUAUACAGAUCCCGGUUGAGCCUUUCAAAAAUGGGAACCAGACCAAAAUUGGCAUAGUUACGUACGAUUCUGAUCAGCACUUUAAGCUUAAAGUGAGAAAUAAAAAUUUUACCUCCAAAGUCAUACGGAUUGAAGUCCCUGGAUGUGACAUUAAAAAUUUGAACAAUCCACUUAAAAUGAAAUUCGAACUUAAUUACACAGAGACCACAUCUGACUACUACCUUUCCUGUCAGUUCUAUGAUGAAAACGGUACAGUAAUCUGGAAUACAGACGGCUGUCUCACCAACAAUACCAGUGAUGUUGUGGAGUGCUCCUGUGACCAUAUGACCCCUUUUGCUGUGCUUCUAGUGAGUACUGAGCCAUUCAUUCAGGCCAUUACUAAACGUCAUUGGGAAAUCUUGUCGUACAUCAGCUAUGUAGGCUGUGGUCUGUCUGCGUUCUUUUCUGCCUCUACUGUCUUGUCGUUCAUUUUCAGCAGUAAUGCAAGGGCAGAAGUGUCCAACAGCAUCCACGUGUCUCUGAGCGGCGCUCUGUUUCUCCUCAACCUGAGCUUCAUGCUCAUUGAGUGGGCUGCCACACUGACAGUGAAAGAAGUGUGUGUGUUUAUUGCUGUGACUUUACACUACAGCCUGCUGUGUUCUUUCACCUGGAUGGCUAUUGAAGCCUUGCACCUCUACCUUCUUCUCAUCAGAGUCUUCAACAUUUACAUCAGACACUACAUGGUCAAGUUGUCCCUGAUUGGAUGGGGAGUCCCUGCUGUUAUUGUUGGAGGCUUGCUGUCAGCUAAUAACAUUUAUGGGAUCAAGGAGAUGGCAUUAUCUGAUACGAAUACAACAAAUCAAAUUUGCUGGAUCAGAGACCCUCAUGUCCUGUAUGGCGUGAACAUUUUCUACUUCUCCAUCGUAUUCCUGUUUAACUUAGGAAUCCUAGUCACGGUGUCCAGACAGAUCUUUAAGCUACGACAUGUGGGCAACAGGCAUGGCAAGAUGCCAGUUUGGAAGGAUGCUGGCACAGUGCUGGGCCUCAUGUGUCUCCAGGGUACAACAUGGGGUUUGAUCUUCUUCAGCUCUGGAUAUAUCAACUACCCAAUACUCUACCUGUUCUGCAUCUUAAACUCAAUGCAAGGGUUUUACAUCUUUGUGUGGAUGUGUGCUACAGCGAGGAAAAACAGAGCGCAAACACCUCAUUCCAAGUCUAAAUCCACUCUGGACACCUCCAAAUAAGCUCCUCUCAUGCAGUUUUCUUACUAAAACUUUUAAAAACGACACCUACCACAACAUGCAACCAAAAAAUGCUUAAGAACAUUUCAUCAUGGGCUGUUUGUUUAAAAUUGUAUUUUAUUGUUUUUGCAAGAGAACUUCCUUUACACUAAUAACAGUACAUCAAAAAAUAAAAAGUUUCCUCUUUG